AUGUCGGAAGCAACGUCAUUCAGUGAUAAAUUCAGAGAAUGUAAAAGCAACAAGGAAAGAACAAAAUUGUUGGAAAAAGUGAAAACCGAUGAUUUAUGUGAUGCAAUUGUGGAUAAUGCCGCAGAAGACUUAGGAUUGAAUAUAUGGUCAUCAGUUCUUUCCAAUCUAUCAGAUGAAGAUGAGAUAUUUGAGAUUUGCAAAGAUGUCCUUCCAAAAUUGAAUAGAGAUCAACUGACAACAAAAAACCUCAACGAUUACUACUCUCGUUUAUGUAUCGAAAUUCCACGAUUCUCAUUAAAAUUCUCUGUUAAAUUGGCAUAUUUUUGUGAAAACAGCAUUCAAUUUGGAGAUCAUCGAGCCUGUUUCUUCAAAGAUGUUUUUCCAUGCAUUCUACAAGUUUUAAUCAGAGAUGAUCGACCAAUAACAUUUGACGGAGUGACAAAAUCAUCUCUCGAAUAUCAUCAAAUGAUUAUUUCUUCAAUUCUGAGCAAACCAUUUAAAGUUUCAGUUCUGACAAGCAUCACAAGCAUGUUCAAAGACAUUCCAUUGACGAAACUCCAAUCUGAACUUCUUCUUGGAAAGAUUUGUGAGAAUUUUUCUAAUAUUCGAGGAGACAUAAGCGGCUUGGCACUUGCCUGUUUUAAUCUUGCUCUCUUCAACAAACUCAUCAUUCCAAUAUUAGCAUUAGAUGCCUAUUUUUAUAACCGACGAUAUAGAAAGAAAUUCAUUGAGAUUGAUAGUGAAAGUGACGCUGACUCGAUCGACGAAACAGCUGAGAAGGGAAUAAUUGAGACAGAAGAAAAUGUUCUUUAUCACUUCCAACAUGUCACUGAAUUUACAUCAAUCGAAAAAGACAUUGUGACAAGUUUAAAACCUCUUGCCUUUGCACCAAAAUUCAUCAUUUCUCCGUUUAUCGCUACAAUUCUUGUUUCAUUUGCAAAAAUGUCAUCGUCAUCUGUUGCUCACAAUUUACGUUUGCCACAAUCAAUUUUGCUUCCUUUUAUUAAACAAAUAUUCAAGAAUAAUGAAAGACAUCGAACGAUUCAUCGUAAUUCUGCAUGGGCACGUUCUGUUGAUCAAUUCGAACCAGUGGACAUUGAGAAGUUAUUGAAAGUUCUUCAAGAAAAUACUUGCAAACUUGGUCAAAACAUCGCUCUCAAUGGAUUCAUUGGAUUAACUUUUAUGCUUCUCAAGACUAAAGACGCACCAACACUCAACAAUUUUGCUAUUCAAUUUCUCAAUGAAUUAGUCAAACAGCGAUCAGAAUUUACGAGCGACAUCAUGAAGAUUGUUGUCAAAAUGCUUUUCAAUGAGCAAAACAAAGCUCCAAUUAUCGAAUGUUUCAGUAUUUUGAUUCAAAAUCGAUCUUUAGUCAUUGACAGAUGUGAGGAAGCUCUUGUUGAAUUGAUUGAGAAUCUCACUGAGCUAGAACUUGACACCGCAUUAGCAAUUGAAAGCGUUAUUUACAGCUCAAUUACACGAUCACCAAAGCUUCGUGAUUUAAUGUCGACAACAAUGCGCACGGCAAUGUAUCAAAAUAAGCCAGAAAUGAGAAAACUUGCAGUCUACAGUUUUUGUGUGAUGCUCAAAAAAGUCAUGAAAGCUGCACAUGGAUCGUCAUUGGAAUCAUUUGCGCCAUCACAAAAUAUUUCAAUGAUGUCACUUUUAUCACAAACACAACUUCCACCAACUGAGAAAGCAAAUAUGCGCCGUGUCAGUGUUUUAGUGUUGGAAAUUUUAGGAAUCUUACGAAAAUGCUUCUCGCACAGCGUCGAACUUCGUGUGACUUUAUAUGAAAGUUUGUUGAGUGCUGUAACUGUAAAUCCUUUUAUCAUUCCUAACGUUUUAGAGCUUGUUGAGACACAUUUUCGAGAUUAUUUUGAUUCGGAAGAUCCCAGCGUCGUUAUCAACUUUAGCAAAGCUUUCAAACAACUUGAACACGGUGGGACUGUCGUUAUGGAUCAUUUAGGAAAGUUUCUGAACUUUUUUAUCGGUUGUGUGACAAUAUCGAUUGAAAAAUUUGAGAAUGAUGAAAAUGCUCAAUAUAUUCAGAUUAUGAAUUACAAGAAGAUCAUUGAGAAACUUGUUGAUAAAGUUGAGUUUGUGACGAUGGAAGAACUCGGCGUUUUCUCGACUCUUGACAUAGCAGCAAGUUCAACGAUAAGCCAAUUUCUUAAUUGCUUGGAAGCUCUUAUGGUGUACUGUUUGUUUGAUUUAACUUCAAAGAAUGUAACAAGACUUUGUAAAUUAUUCGAGAAACAUCGAAAAACGAUUGUGGAAGCUUUGAAGUUGCAGGAAAAUUGCAAGAAAUCAAUAAAACGAGGAAAGAAUCAAACACUUGACGUAUUACCAAAAGUUGACAUUAUCUUCGAUUGUUUAUGGGACUUGAAGACGUGUCGCAACUUUCUCAAGAUAUUUUUCGAUAACAUUCCAAAUGAUAAAGUCAAUGAGAUCAAAUCAAACGCUGAAUUUUGUCGUUUCGUUGUCAAGUCGACAACUCAGAGAAUUCUUCAAAUAACAACCGCACCAGUUUAUCUUAAAUUUAAACAUAGUAAAAUAACUUUUGAUAUCUUGAAGACAAUUUCAACAAUUUUAUAUAAACAGAUAAAAGUUGAAACUUUCAAAGUGCUUUUUGUGGAUUAUGAUGCUGAAACUGCCGUUGCCAUAAGUGAAGCUUUUAAGAAUUCAAUCAUCGCUAUGGAUUCUGCCUACGAUUCGAAUGUCAAGUGGAAUAAUUUCCUGCAAAAAAUCACUGAAACUGAAAAUUCUAUCGAUUGGAUGAUCACAGAAGUAUUGAAAACAGUCACAAAUAUUAUCGAGUGGGCGUUUGAUCCUUCAAAUGAACUCGAAAAUGACGACAAUAUUGAGAAAAUUCUUUUCAAUGUCUUCUGUAUUUUUGAGGUUCUCAUUAAGAAUUAUCAGUUCAUGCCGAACGCUCAUUCACGUGAAACUUAUAAUUGGUUGCUUAAGUUUUGUGUGAAUAAUGAAAUCAACAAGAAAAGUCUUCAAAUUGUCAACAGAGUUUUGUUUCACUUUAUGACACAACAAGAUGCAAGCACAAAUGUCAUGGAGAAUGUUGUUGGGAAAUUAUUGAGAAUUUAUGGGACAAUUGACAAUGAUGGAGUUAAGGAAGUAAAUGAAUCUUCUCAGAAUGAUUUGAAAAGUCUCACAGAAGCAACGGCUGAUCAGUCGUUGAUUUAUUUCGUUGGAAUUAUCAAGAAACAAAUCGACGAUGUUGACUUUUGUAUUUUAAGAAUGAACAGCUUCAAUGCACACAUUAAACUGCCUGGUCAAGUUUCUCGCAAGGACAGCAUUUCAGCACUUCAAACACUGGAGAAAUCAAGUGUCAUUAAGUUAACUCAACUUGGCACUAUUAUUGGACGUCUUUGUAAUGUCAGUUUCAAUGUUCGUGGGUCUCAAAUUGAUUUGAUUGGAAAACUCGUUAUGAACUUUUUUGUUUGUCUUUCAACACUUUUAAAACACUUUUCACAACAUUAUGAUGUAAAGAAUAUAAAUUACCAACAAAUUCCUGUAGAAAUGUUAAUUAAAGAGACUAAAAGUACAGUUAAACGUGUCUAUGCAUUGUCACAUUACAUCGAAGAUAUAAUCGAUGAAGAACAGAAGAAAAACGAAAAUGCUAAAGAAAGCAAGAAGAAAAAAUCAGUGACAAUUAAAGAGUUCAAAUGCAUGUCCCGACUGGUCUUGUCAAUUGAAAAAUUUGCUACUGCUGUGCAAAAAUUUGACGCUUUAACAAAGAAAAACUUUAAGAAAUAUGUUCAUGCUGGUGAAGUGCGAGACUUCCGCAUUUCAAUGAAAGAUAAAUUCCCACGACAAGCACAAGACGAAAAUGAUUCGGAUGGUGCAUCAGCAGAGAUGAGUGAAAGUGAGAAUGAUCCAGCAAGUGCUACAGUAGAAGAAGAGAACAGUCGUGAUUCAGAUGAAAAAAUGUAUGAGUCACCUAAGAAGAUCACACACGGAGCUUUUGAAAAAAAUGUUAAGAAAUUAGUUGCAAAAGCAGAACGAGCUAAAAAAGCAGUGAAACGGAAAUCGAAAUGAAUUUUUAACAAUUGAUGUGUAAAAAUAAAUUAAUUGAAAAUGAACAAAAUAAAAUUAUUUGACAAA